AUGGCUGCGUGAGGGGAAUAGUGACUUGUUAAGAAAAAAAAAUGCUCGGGCCUUUGAACACGAACGGUAGGGCUUGUAUCAUCCAUACCUGACAGAGGCGCUGUUGGUCGUCAGUCGUCGAAGAGAGAGGAAGAUAUAAACACCAGCGGAAGCAAUAUACCGGACGUGAGAAAACGAGGCUGAUGGUGAAAAUGCUUGUGAUACUUUAGCCUUUUGCUUGUGUUUUGAUGCCACUCGGGACUUGGCAGCUUCCGUCGACUCAUCAAUCCUGCGAUGGAUCACUGCAAGGAUUUCGACACUGGGGAUCGCACUUCACCGGAUGCGUUCACACUCGCCGCCCGGGUCCAAUUCCAGAGUGUCAGCAACAUCCAGAUCAUCCUCAAUGAGCAUUUGGGAGCAGUUACCAAGGCGCAGAGUGUGUUCCAUGCCUUUGCAACUUCUACUCAAGAAGAACAUUUGAACCAUGGUCUUACUGUCAGUGUUGUAGGGAAGACGAGGUUGCCAGGACCUGUCCAGAUAUGGAGCCAGGAAUACAGUAGGCUCAUGAGAGAAGAUGAUGACACAGUUUGGAUAGAUAAGGGUGGGCUGGAUCCAAACUCGCAAAGGUCCCUUGAAGGUUUACUAGACCAGGCUCUCUCAGACUGCAUGCUUGUGCCGAUUAAGAGACCUGACAAUCAUCAAUUCUUCUUGGUGGUGGCUCUCGUAAACAAACAGGAAGGACAUGAUGCAUUUGGUUCCCUAGAUCUGCAGGCUGUUCAUCAAUGCUUUCAGCAAGUGUUGGGAACGCUGGUUGGUGCCGUCGAACUAGAAGAAGAAAGACGGCUCCGUGAACAAUGCCAAUCACUGCUGGCGGUGGCUAAAAAUCUUUUCUCUCACUUGGACGAUGUGGAGCUACUGCUAAAGGAGAUUAUGAGCCAGGCGCGUCACUUGACCAAAGCCGAACGCUGCUCGCUAUUCUUGCUGGACAAGCAACACAAAUGUCUAGUGGCCAAGGUUUUUGAUGGUACGUCGUCCGGGUCAGGACAAUGGGGCACGACCGAUGGGCGCCAGCUGGGUAUUCCCGCUGAUCAGGGCAUUGCAGGUCACGUGGCAAUCACGGGUCAAUUGCUUAACAUCUCGGAUGCCUACGCUCACCCACUGUUCUAUCAGGACGUAGAUAAGACCACGGGAUUCAAAACGAGAAAUAUUUUGUGUUUCCCGAUAAAAGAUGGCGACGAUGUCCUAGGCGUAGCCGAAUUGUGCAACAAAACCAGUGCUCCUUGCUUUACGCGGGCAGAUGAGGAAUUGGCCAUGUCUUUCUCCAUCUAUUGCGGCAUUUCCCUCGUGCAUGGUCUCAUGUACAAAAAAGUGCGCGACGCACAGCAUCGGAGCCACCUGAGCAACGAGCUUAUGAUGUAUCACAUGAAGGUCUCGAACGAAGAAACGCUCAAACUGCUUCAAGAAGAAUCGAUGAACAUGCAAAAAAUUGACAUCAACUUUUGUGAGUUUCGAUUCGUGCCACGGUCAAUGGAAGAGCUUAAAACUUCGGCAGCCGUUGUAGCGGUGUUUCAGGAUCUGGGUCUCAAGGAACGCUGGUCGAUAAAUCAGGAAACACUCAGCAGGUUUGUUUUGAUGGUGCGAAAAGGCUACCGUGAUCCACCCUAUCACAACUGGAUGCAUGCCUUUUCGGUUUUCCACUUCAGUUACCUCCUCAUUAAGCGACUCCGGCUGGUUCAGCAGGACUAUUUUACGGAUUUGGAAGCUUUGGCCCUUUUGGUGUCAAGUUUAUGUCACGACGUUGACCACCGAGGCACUACCAACUCUUUCCAGCUGGCCUCCAACUCAGUUCUAGCUGCGCUCUACAGUUCUGAAGGAUCUGUUAUGGAGCGACACCAUUUUGCCCAGUCCAUGUGUAUUUUGAAUACGGAAGGUUGCAACAUCUUCGAAAACUUGUCGUCCAAAGACUACACUCGAUGUUUAGAUUUGAUGCAAGAUAUAAUACUUGCUACUGAUCUAGCGCAUCACCUACGCAUAUUCAGGAAAUUGAAGGAUCUCGCAACUUCGGGAUUCGACAAAAGUCGGGCCGAGCACCAUCAAUUACUGUUGUUCUUGAUGAUGACCGCAGCAGAUCUUUCAGAUCAAACAAAAGAUUGGAAAAGUUCAAGGAACGCUGCCCUGCUGGUUUAUCGCGAAUUUUUUUCGCAAGGAGAUUUAGAAAAGGCCAUGGGAAAUCGACCAGUUGAAAUGAUGGAUCGGGACAAAGCUUGCAUUCCCACUUUGCAAAUACAGUUUAUCGAUGAUGUCGCACUUCCUGUCUACUCACUGCUUGCUCAACUCUUUCCGGAGCUGAGUAUACUCGUCGACACGGUAAACAGUAAUCGUGAACGGUGGGUAACGCUAGAAGAUGGUCACGUUGUUUCGCCAAUGGAAAUAUUGACAAACGACAUUGACUAAGUUCUCGCUGAUGUGUUGUCGCCGAGAAGAAUAACGUUACUCUAGUCCUUAAUUCAAUCACACUGAACUCUCACCCUUCUAUUUCAUCUGAAUUUUUCAGAAAAGCUUCACCCGUACUUUUUUUGUUUUAUUUUCACAUGAUUUGAGUGCAAAUGCGUGUGCGUGUGUGGUAUAGAUUCGUCUGUGAAGAUUCGUAUUUGUACGAUUGACCAACCAAAGAGAUAAUUUCUUGACGAACUUUAUCAGCACUGGUUGUCGUUAUCAAACCAACACUGUUUUGUUUUUCUUUCCCAACAACCGCAACCGGUGCUUGUGCCAAUAAGGAGCUUAAAUACCUCUACUUUCUUUUUUUCUCUUGUUCCGUUCUUGAAAAAUAAUCUGAAAAAAAUAUUUAGCCGUACGUAUGUUGUUAGUCAGCACAGACAACCAGAAACCCACUCGUUUCUCAUCCUUCGAUCUAUUUUUUACUUUUUCGUGUUUUCAUUUAAUCUUUGUCUCAUGUACUUUAAUACUAUAUUAUUCUCAGUUAACCGAUGGAUUUAUCAAAAGUUAAUAAAUGUCAGUGAGUAUAAAAAA